UUGCCUUUUCCUCACCUACCCACCCACAAAUUCAUCUCCCUCCGCCACAAAUCGACGAGAAUGGAGGCUACCUUCGAGAGAGAAUGCGAAGAGGAAGAAGUGCAUUGGAUAACAGAAGGUUUUGAGUUCUAUUCACCAUUUCCAAAUCCGCAAUUGCGACUGCCGUUGAAGCUUCUUGAUUUUUCCAGAUAUGCAAUUUGGGUAGCAGAGGGUUCUGGGAGUGAUUUGCCACCGGAGAUUUCCCAGCCGAGAAUUACUCACACCUUUCGACCCAAAGCAGAGAUUCACAAACUUCUCACUUUCCAGACCGCCACCAAUACUCUCUCUCUCUGUCCAUUGCUCUCCCUUUUCGCCACCACACCUUCAUGUUCCUAUUCUUCUUGCUCUAGUUGA